AUGUCCAGCUCAAGAAAACUCCACCAUAUCCACAGCUUUCACCCGAAAAUAUUUCUGGACACUUACUUUUCUGGGAAACCCGAAAUGGUGUUCACAGGAGAAGUUCUAAAAUUUCCAGCACAGAAAAUAGACAAUGUGCUCCGCUCAGAACUCGAGGAAGGAGCAUGUGUAAUUGACGCCAGCAUCAGCGCAACACUUCACCAUCUCUUCCUAGUCAGCUACCUUUUCAAAGAAAUCACUCUGCUGCGGGUAUCUGAGAGGUGCAUCAUGGAGCUGAGAAAAUGGCUGGACAGCCAUAGCGAGGCUUUUGAUUGGUCGCACAUCUCGACAGGCAUGGCGGAUCUGCAGGGACAACGCGAUGAUUGGCAAGAGAAAGAAAUGCAGCUGAGGUCGGCCAUUAAAGAGAUUUUGAAGUUUGACAUCACAAAGGAAAAUCCGACAGAUCCGAUAGUGUUACCGCAAGCCGACUGUGUGAUCACGAUGUGGAUUCUGGAUUCCACCAGCACCAAUGAAGAUGAAUACAUGACAACCCUGAGGAAAAUGAUGAAGUUUGUGAAGCCCGGAGGACUCCUGCUAGUGAUCGCCACUGUAAAUGGGACAUAUUAUAAAGUGGGGGAGGACACCAUGCAUGUCUUCCAACAUGAUGAGAAUUUUGUGAAAAACGCUGUCACCAAAGAAGGGUUCACUGUCACUCACUGCGAGGUGUUAGCUAGAACUUCAAAGAGCGAUCUCGCUGAUUAUAAGGGAAUGUCGUUUGUAGCAGCACGCAAAGUCCGGUAG